AUGGCCAGAAUGGAAGCUAUGCUUGCAAACCUUUACAAAGAAGUUGAAGACAUAAAAAAAUUUAAGGAAGAAGAAAGAGAGAGUAUAAAAAGCCAAGGGGAGACUAUUAAGAAUCUCGAAUCUCAAGUAGGACAUCUUUCACAGCAGAUUCCGAAGUCCACUGAUAGUUUCCCAAGUGACACUGAGAAAAAUCUAAGAGGGGAAAUAAAGAAGGUGAGAUGGGAAGAGUGUAAGGCAGUUACUCUUGCAAAUGAAGAAAUCCUGGAAGAAGACACUAGCAAGAUAACAGAGCACAGCCAAGGAAGUUCCCAGAGUAACUUGGAGGAAAAGGAACAAGGAACUAGAUCAGUGCAAAGAAAGGGAUCAACAAGGAAGGAAACUCUGAAACCUUAUGUGCCAAAGGCACCAUUUCCUCAGAAACUCAAGGGAGAUGAAAAAGAAAGGUCAUAUUCAAGAUUCCUAGACAUGUUCGCAUCUCUCAUUGUCAACAUUCCCUACCUCAAAAUCCUCAAACAGAUGCCUACUUGUAUCAAGUGGAUGAAGGAGCAACUAGCCAGGAAGAGCAACCUGAAAGGUGGCCAAACAGUGGUGAUGAACAAAGAAAGCAGUGUUCUCAUUCAGAAGGACAUACUCCUAAAGAAAAAAGAUCCAGGGAGCUUUCAUAUUCCCUGUACCAUAUGA